GAGGAACUUCGUCAAGCCUACAGCAAGCCCGUCCAACACCGCCGACAACAGUCAAUACUCACACCAGGACUUACCCGCCCAACCCGCCCUUCAACCACACAUCAUGUCUCACGAGUCGGUCUGGUAUUCCCGCCCUAGGACCUACGGCAAGGGCUCUCGCGAGUGCCGCGUCUGCACGCACCCUGCUGGUCUGAUCCGCAAGUACGGCCUCAACAUCUGCCGUCAGUGCUUCCGUGAGAAGAGCGCCGACAUUGGCUUUGUCAAGGUACGUUUCUGUUUCCCCUACACUCUUGCACAGCCUGGCAGAUGAGCGAUCGCGUCUACUACGAGGUUAAAUGCGUAUGGAAGGAGGCAAAGAGGCUGACGAAUCUCACAGC